AUGCUCAAUGAGAUCGGCCGAAAACUUCUAUUGACAUCCUUGCUCUCCUCAACUGCUGUAGCUGCUUCUUCUGAUAUUUCGUUCCUGCGACCCCUCCACCAAAGGAGCACACCGAUCAACAGCAGCAGCAGGGAAGCCACAGCAGCCACGGCAAUGCCAGCAAUGGCUGCUGCUGACAGGCCGGCAGUCUGGGAGGUGGACGUUGCAAGCGAGGGAGGGGAUGUUGGGGAGGCAGUGAGGGGAAAUGGGGAUGCUGUUUUGCUCCCUGGAGUUGGGGAGGGGGGCGCUGGAGAGGGCAAGAGGCGGGAUGGUGAGAAAGAGGUGAAGGGGUGGGCGGGGAAGGGAUGGAGUGAGUAG